GGACGGGACCGAGCGGCCAGGGCAGCUGAGCGCGCCGGGAGGAGGCGGCCCGGCAGAGCCCCAGGAUGGCGUGUUGACUCUCCUCAGGGAUGUGGGCAGGGUGCUAGGCUCAGUGAGUCGUGACCGCAGGAGGUCUGGAACCCCCGGCUCAGAGUGCUCCGAUCCACACACCUCUCCACCUGCAGUCUUCACCAUGGCAGCCCAGGAUGGAAACACCAGUUUUGCACCCAACAUCAAUCCAGCUCAAGAUCACACCUCCUCCCUCCCCUUCAACUUCAGCUAUGGUGAUUACGACCUCCCUCUGGACGAGGAGGAGGACAUGACCAAGACCCGGACCUUCUUCGCUGCCAAGAUCGUCAUCGGUGUGGCACUGGCAGGCAUCAUGCUGGUCUGCGGCAUUGGCAACUUUGUCUUCAUCGCUGCCCUCGCCCGCUACAAGAAGCUGCGCAACCUCACCAACCUGCUCAUCGCUAACCUGGCCAUCUCUGACUUCCUGGUGGCCAUCAUCUGCUGCCCCUUCGAGAUGGACUACUACGUGGUGCGCCAGCUCUCCUGGGAGCACGGCCAUGUGCUCUGUGCCUCCGUCAACUACCUGCGCACCGUCUCCCUCUACGUCUCCACCAAUGCCCUGCUGGCCAUCGCUAUCGACAGGUAUCUCGCCAUCGUUCACCCCUUGAAGCCACGGAUGAAUUAUCAAACGGCCUCCUUCCUGAUCGCUUUGGUCUGGUUGGUGUCCAUCCUCAUCGCCAUCCCGUCGGCCUACUUCACAACGGAGACGGUCCUGUUUAUCGUCAAGAGCCAGGAGAAGAUCUUCUGCGGCCAGGUCUGGCCGGUGGACCAGCAGCUCUACUACAAGUCCUACUUCCUGUUCAUCUUCGGCGUGGAGUUCGUGGGCCCCGUGGUGACCAUGACCCUGUGCUAUGCCAGGGUCUCCCGCGAGCUCUGGUUCAAGGCCGUGCCAGGCUUCCAGACAGAGCAGAUCCGGAAGCGGCUGCGCUGCCGCAGAAAGACGGUGCUGGUGCUCAUGUGCAUCCUCACGGCCUACGUGCUGUGCUGGGCGCCUUUCUACGGCUUCACCAUCGUGCGCGACUUCUUCCCCGCCGUGUUCGUCAAGGAGAAGCACUACCUCACAGCCUUCUACGUGGUCGAGUGCAUCGCCAUGAGCAACAGCAUGAUCAACACCGUGUGCUUUGUAACGGUCAAGAACAACACCAUGAAAUACUUCAAGAGGAUGAUGCUGCUCCACUGGCGUCCCUCCCACCACGGGAGCAAGUCGAGCGCCGACCUGGACCUCAAGACCAGCGGCAUGCCGGCCACGGAAGAGGUGGACUGUAUCAGGCUGAAGUGACCUGCUGGUGUUCCUCAGCCCAAAACCCAAAAGCGACCACUCUGAGCAUCAUCCACCCGUAACCAAGUUCACAGUUGGCUGCCUAAAGGAAGGA